AUGAAUUGCCCUGCGAAAAACGACGACUCUCUUCUCAAACAUCCAACUUGGAACCAAAAUCCAUCGUACCUGGCGGCAGAACUUACUACUCGCCAAGAUCUCAACGGUGUUGCGAACUCUCGGGAACACAGAAAUGCUGAUGAACUUGCCGGCGGUUGGUUUGGAGAUCAAAAUGAAAUUCUAGAAAGCGACUCGCCUCCAGGCUCGGGAGGGAAAGGUGGGGGAGCGGAGGAGCAGCUGUACUGGCUCUCCUCCAUCAAGACGGCGGUUGGCAACUACGGCCACCCCCGUCUUCUCGUCGCAUCCCAUUCUCCGUCCCUCCAGCGUAUCUGGGACUGGGUCGUUUGGCUUGCUUCUGUCAUCUUUUGUUCGUAUUUGUUAUCGGCCUUCCAGAACUUCCGCAACCCUGUCGCAACGCUAGCUUCCGUCGAAGGUGAAAUAGCUGCUGCCACGCGAGUAUCAUCACUUCACAUGAGAUCCACAUGCCCAACCGGUGGAGUUGACAGUUCAAAAUACAACACACCUCUGCAUGUUGGAGCUCUUUUCAUAAUUCUCUUCGUCUCGACUGCUGCAUGUGGGUUUCCGUUGUUGGCCACUAAGUUUCCAGGACUUAAAGUUCCUGCAUUGUUCUUUUUCAUUGUUCGCCAUUUCGGUACCGGGGUAUUGAUCGCUACGGCUUUUGUUCAUCUUUUGCCAACAGCUUUCAUCCUACUUGGGAAUCCAUGCUUGUCCGAUUUUUGGAUCAAGGAUUAUCCUGCUAUUCCCGGCGCCAUUGCUCUCGCUGGUGUCUUUUUUGUAAUUGUCAUUGAGAUGGUAUUUCAUCCUUCUCGGCAUAUUACCCCGCAAAGAAGUGCUAGUCCUACUCAAUCAGGACAACCCGGAGGCGUUCUUGAUCCUCUGUCGAAUGCUGCUGGUCAAGAAAGCACCGAGUCGGUUCAAGAAACCAGACCAGACGGCCAACUUAGUGGUGUACAAGCCGAGGCGGAUGUCGAGAAAGAUAGUGAUAAUUUUAGCUUUGUUCUGACAGCAGAGCAAAAGCUCCAAAAGGAUGUUUUGCAAUGCAUACUCCUGGAGGUAGGUAUUCUAUUCCAUAGUGUCUUCAUUGGCAUGGCUUUGAGCGUUUCAGUCGGUAACGAGUUUAUCGUUCUUUUGAUUGCGAUUGCUUUCCAUCAAACUUUUGAAGGGUUGGCUCUCGGAUCUCGAAUCGCUGGUAUUAAAUGGCCUGGUAGCACCCUGAAACCAUGGUUCAUGGCACUGGCAUAUGGAUGCACUACUCCAAUAGGCCAGGCGAUUGGCAUUGGACUUAGUUCGCUUUACAGCCCGGACUCCGAAGUUGGUCUCAUUUUGGUAGGAACUAUGAAUGCCAUCUCAGCUGGCCUCCUAGUGUUUGCUUCGUUGGUGGAGCUUCUAUCAGAAGAUUUCCUCAGUUAUGAAAGUUGGCGAAUGCUGAGGGGUAUGCGCCGUGUGGGGGGCUGCUUGCUUGUAUUCUUCGGGGCCUUUUCUAUGAGCCUUGUUGGUGCAUGGGCGUAG